AUGUAUUAAAGUGCAUCAAAAAGUGCCAAAAAAUAAACUAAUGCCAUUGGAAAACCUAGCGAAUCAAACAUAGCUCGUAGGGUUUAAACAGAGACUAUUGAUUAUGAUGAAGCUGAACAAGAUCUCCAGACCUUCUAAGACAUCUCCAAUUUCAAGCUUCGCAAUAAACUUAUAACUUUUAAUAAACCUGCAAAGAAACCUAUAGUGAAAGAUUUUAAUACUCAAUUUCAAUUGUGUUUAAAGAAUGAGAACUCAACCAAACCAACAUCUGGAACUGUUAAAAAAUGUUAGAAACCCUAAGGUAUAGAGAAGAUCAAUACAAAAUCCUUGUUAAUCCCAGCGAAGACAACUAGACAAGAUUAUUCUACAUACACUUACUAAAAUCUUAAAACCAUUGGUAGUGGAUCAUUUGGUACAGUCUAUAAAUCAAAAGUGAAUGAAACAGGGGAAAUAGUUGCUAUUAAAAAAGUAUUGCAGGAUAAACGAUACAAAAACCGAGAGUUAUAAAUACUGCAAGAGUUGAAUCAUCAUAAUGUGGUGAAAUUAAAGCACGCUUAUUUUACACCUUCUGAUAACAAAGAUGAGAUGUACUUGAAUGUUGUAAUGGAUUAUUAUCCAGAAUCCUUAUACACUUACAAUAAAUCUUUUAGAUAAGCAUAGGCCAGAAUGCCUGAAAUAUUGGUGAAAAUAUAUUCGUAUUAACUGCUAAGAUCAAUAUAUUAUAUAUCAUUGUUGUCCAUAUGCCAUAGAGAUAUAAAGCCUCAUAAUAUAUUAGUUAAUCCAAACCAUCAUAAACUUCAGCUCUGCGAUUUUGGAAGUGCAAAAAAACUAGUAAAAACAGAAGCAAACAUAUCCUAUAUUUGUUCAAGGUGUUACAGGGCUCCUGAGUUAAUAUUUGGAGCAGUUAAUUACGACAAUCAGAUAGAUGUUUGGUCAGUUGGAUGCGUGAUAGCUGAGUUAUUUAAUGGAGAGCCUUUGUUUUUGGGUGACAGUGCUGUGGAUUAAUUGAUUGAGAUCAUCAAAGUACUUGGAACUCCAAAUAAGGUUCAGGUAUUAAGUAUGAAUUCUGAUUAUGAUAUGCAAUAAUACAAAUUCCCACAAAUAAAAGCAAGAGAUUGGAAGAAAGUGAUUAAAACAAAUGAUUCAUUGGCUACUGACUUAGUUUCUAAAUUGCUUGUUUAUUGCCCCAAAACUAGAUUCACUCCAAUUCAAGCAUUGUGUCAUCCUUAUUUCGAUUAGUUGAGAGAUCUCCAUCAGAUGAAAUAACUAUAAGAAAUCUACAACUUCAACAUUUAAGAAUUAUUCGAUUUUAGCAAUUUGGAAACUAAUAGAAUGACAAAUGAUGAAAUGAAAAAGAUUAUUCCAGAUUGGAUAAGCUGUAGUUCCACUAAAAUUGUUAAGACCAUAGGCUGA